UUAAGCGGUAGACGGUGCACACGAAAAAUCGCAUCAGGCACAUAGCUAACCGCAACAAGCUAACUUUAGAGAAAAAAAGAAGUGAGUAGAACAAGCAAAAGCAAAUAAAACAAAAAUGCCGGUGGUAUUGUAAACGCACAACACCAACAACAAUACUACAUUUUCUAACUAAUACUCUGGUACAACUCGGGUUAGUUGGCCUAAACUCAAUACACUAACGCGCGCUGUUCACAUCAUUCCUUUGCUGAACUUCCCAGUCGAAGAACAAAUUUUUAAUUUCCGGUCGCGCGUACUCAACGUUCGUUCGUCUCGAGGCAUUUUGCAACGUCUCUGUAGUAAUCGGGGAAAUAGUCGGCGCGCGUGUUUUCUUUGUUUAUUCGUUACGCGUUGUGCCGCGCCCGUUCAGUGUCAUUGUCAGCAGCGCCCAUUGUUGUUAUCACUGUCAGUGUUAGUGUCAACGCCGCUAAUCCGCUGUGCGCGUCGUGUUUUCAAUUUCGAAUAACAACAACAAACAAUCAAGGGAUUAAUAAGGAAAGCAAGGAAAAAAUAAAUAAAAAAGAAGUAAAAAAUACAAAAAAAAAUUUUAAAAUUAAAAAUUGCGCCACAAGCAAAUAUCUAGUAUUGGCGAUGAUAAGACAUACAUAUGUAUAUACACGUAUGAUUUAAUCAAAUGCAGAGCAAAAUUUAAUACCCUUAAAGCGUAUUUUUCCCACCAUAAGAUUGGCUUAACAAAUAAAAUACUUUUCUGCCAUGCUGCAUAACUGGCAUUUAUAUCCAAUUCCCGUAUAAACACCGCACUGUAAUCACUGCUCGUUUUGCUUAUUAAGUGUUUUGCAACUUUACCUGUCACAAAACCAGCCAACUGCCACUCGACAGCUACGCGCGUUACCGUUACUGCUGCUGUCACGCAAGCAUAUUAAUGAGUUGUCAAACGCGCUUAUGCUCCCACUGCCCAACAACAAAAACAAUAAGUACACAAGCCAAUCCUACUAACUAACACUUCCUGCCAGUGCACACAAAUCCGCAUUCAGCGCGACUUCAUUUGCGAGCAGGGAUUGCAUGACCGCGCUUUGCGCUUACCGACUUGUUGUCGUGGUCGCGUUGGCCGCGUCGUUCAUGCCUCAUUAGUGUGUCAUAAAAAGUUGCUGUUGUCAUAUUGUUACUGCGGUUUCAACAACAAAAACAACAAAAAAAAAACAAAUCGAGUUGACGCGCGCUAACAAUAGCGUCGUAUUAAAAGGAUUAGAAGAGUGUUGAAAGUCUCGAAAUACAACGCCUAGUCGCGCGGCAUGCAAAAGGACACUAGCAAAUAAAUGCUUUUGUCCUUAUCAGCUACAACGUGUGCACUUAAAAGUAUAUAGGUGUGUGUAUUUAAAAGUGUUAGCUGAGAAACAACACUGAGCCGAGCCGAAGUGUCUGUGAGUGGUAAAUUAUUAAAAAAGCUGAAAAAACUAAAUUGAAGUGGUAGACUAGCAGGCGGGCAACCCAGCCGUCGUUGUUAAGGCUAGUUGAAAUAUUAUCCAGCGAAAUUGCUGAAAAUGCUAAAUCACCGGGAUAAGUGCGUUUAAGUAAAAACGUAAAAUAACGGCAGCAACAACAAUCACAAAUCACAAAAACAGCAUCUACAAAGAACUAUUUUUUAUGCCGGGCGACCCUAAUCCAAGCGCUCAACGACACAACGCUCAGUAACCCCCGCACCUAGCCCCCUCUUUUGUAUACGGCUCCGUUUUCAGUAGUCACUUGAUUGUGUUAGUCCUUUGCCAGUUCUUGUGUCUGUCAGCGCGCUUCAACAAGAGUACAAUAAGCGCUAAAAAGGCCCCAAACGCGCAUACACAAAUAAACAUAUAAAUAAAUAAAAGUGAAUACGAAAAUUCAAGUAUGUGAAGCUGAGCCGCACGUAAGUGUGUUUGCGUGCGAGCGCCUAGGUGAUAUGUGUAUUGUUGCGCAUAUGUAAUUUUGUAUCGCACUUGGCCUUUACGUGCUUAAGCCCACCCACAAACCACCUCUGCUUGCGUAGUGAAACGUGUAAAUCGUGAGCGUGUCGAAUUACCAAAAAAGGAUAUAUUACAUUAUACACUUAUAACGGUAUAUGCGAAAUGUCCUUGUCGUAGGAUAUCAUUUCACAUCAAUUUCGGUGUCGAGCAACUUUCCAACGGCAAGCGUUAGCGCUCCAACUACGUUGCGCUGUGCCCACCAACAGCAAUUUCACCGAUGGCCCAGUUGCCAGCGAGUCUGCGAGACAGCCAGUCUAGCGCAUAAGCUCCUCAACUAUUCAACUGUGCUCAAGCCGGCGACCGCAACACCAUUUAAGCUGAUUGCAUUUUGAUAAAAGUUUACACGUAAAUGAAGGUGAAAGGGUAGACAGUGACAGAGAAAAUCGCAAAUCGAAAAAGGCAUGUCAAAUGCAUAUGUGACACACCGAAAAUAAAGGUACUCGUAUUUGUGGGUAUGUAAAUGUAAAAAGGGAUAAGAAAUUAAUAGAAAAAAUGGUCGAAAAGCAAGCCGCCAUGUAGAGAAAUCAAAAUAGAGGAUACUAAGAACACAUUGUAGAAAAAAAAUAAAAGCCAGAAAAUUUAUAUGAAAAAUACUGUACUCGAGAUUCAACGGGCACGCCGUCAAGCAUCACCCACAAGGACACAAACACAAUGAAAACUGGUUGAUAGCUUCACGCUCUCUUCUGCCGCCGACAGAGAAAUGGCAGCUGACGACUGUUGCUUGGCCGAAUAUGCGACUACUAACUGCCAGACAAGUGCAAAAACAACUAGAAUAACAAAAUUGUCAAAAAAAAGAAACACAAAACAGCAGCCAUAUCUACAACCAACAGCACAACCUCCUCAACACUUGUCAACGAACCACAGCUGUGGCUGUAGCAACUGCAAAAGCAUCAACGAAUACAACUGUGGAGACAAAUGCUGUAACUGGAAUAACCAGCAGAACAACAUUGAGCCGCAUUAAACCACACUGCCGACGCCGUCCACGCCACAGACAUUGCCGCAGGCGUUGCAUACUUUGAGGAGUAGCAGAUAAAGUGCGGCGGGAAGCAUUGCAAUCACUGCUCGAUACGGCUGUUGAUUGUGCGACGCUUAUGGUGAAAGUGCUGGUCAACGACCAACAAGCAAUACAGGCACAAAACAACAAUAAAAACAAGCGCAAAUAGUGAAAAAAUUAAGAGUGUGAAAGAAUCAAAUCAAAGUCCUUGGGCAGGCAAUACGAGCGCAUUGAAAUUGGAAUUGACUAGUUGCUAGAAGCAGUGAAUUGUCUGUUGGUGUCGCGUUGCUGUUGUUGCUUGGCCAGUCACUGAACUCAGCUGUCCUGCAUCAGCGCGACUUUUUUGUUGUUUGUGUUACUUUUUCGUUUUUUUUGUAUUGCAUCAAGUAAGCAAGCAGCACAUCCUUUUUCCCGCCUGCCACAACAACGACUAGCAGAGUGGACAUUGCAAGAGCAAGCAAAUUGGCAAGAACACGAGCGCAAAAAAUAGGCAGUAAAAGCAAAAAGGCACGACAAAUCAACGCAAAGUACAUCGCAACAAAAAAUAAAAAAGUCACGAAUAACGCAACGAAAAUAUUCUACGAACAACUGCCAUCAAGAGACAUUCUGCGUUUCUCUUCAAUUUUUAUUGGCUCACUAUCGUUCGUCGCUUUUAAAUUGACUUUGAAACAACUUUUCGCUCAACAUACGUUUGUAUUCCUCCUCUACUUUGGCCUUGCCAUCAGCCUCCUGUCGCUGCCAUCUGCUAAAACUCUGUUGAGUAUUGUAUAAAUCCCAGAACCGCACCGCUAUCCAACACCUCUAGCAACAGUAGGAACAUCGAGAUGGCGUCAAAAUUUUGGUUGACUGUUUGGUGUGCGCUAGUUAGCUGGUUUCCGCUGCUGGCCAACGGUUACCUGAACGUCUUCAUUAGCCACCGCGAAGUCAUUAAAUUGAUGGGCCUGGAAGCGGACUUGUUCUACGUGCAUGAGGGUGCCAUCAACACAUACGCCAUGCAUUUCACGGUGCCGGUGCCAGCAGAUGUACAUGAUUUAGAGUUCUCGUGGCAGAGUUUGACCACGUACCCGCUGCCCUAUACUAUCACGAUCGACUAUGAGCACGACCAGUCCGCGUUAGCAGCGCCCACGCUCAGCAUACCCGACAAGGGAUAUGUGCCUCAGCAAAUUGAAACGUUUCUGGUGCAUUUGCCGUGCACGGGGAAUGGCAAUAUGGAGGUGCCGCUUGUCGUCAAUAUGUUGGUGAGCGGUCCGCCGCGCACUAAUGACACCAAAUUGCAUUUUAAACGGAAUAAAAUCUGCCUCAAAGGUUUAUUUCCCGCCCCGAAUCAGUCAGCAGCGCCCGCUCAAGCGCCCUCGCCGGGUCAUGCGUUGCUGGGUGCCGCGGCCUGUGCAUUAGGCCUGGUGCUGGUUGUUGGGCUGAUUGCGUCGGCUAUGUAUGUGCGCGCACGCAAGCAGAUACGUCAGGACUCAUUGCAUACCAGCUUCACCACCGCCGCUUACGGCAGCCAUCAGAACGUUUUCAUACGCUUAGAUCCUUUGGGACGUCCACCCAGCGCGAACAGUGGUUCCUAUGCGACUAUCGCCAGCCUGAAUAAGUACCCUUCGGAGUCGAAGAAAUCUUGCAACAUAUUCGACAGAUUUCGCAGUUCGACGCCAACACCCUCCCCCUAUGCGACCGCCUUACUACCCGUGGGCAGCGAUCAAAUGGCUGAUACAAUUUACUCUAAGCCGGAAUCGAUUUGUCCCUCGAGAAUAUCCUAUUAUGCCUCGUCGCAGCUAACGCAGGUUUACAGCAUGUCCACACCGAAGAGCAGUCGCGGUGGCGGCAAUGGCAGCAUUUUCGGUGGCGCUAGCUCCUCGGCUGGUAGUGGCAGUGAUCCAAAAGAGAAACUCCGACGAAUUCCUAAUGUACAGCCGGGUACACUUAUGUGCCAGCAUCUCAUCAAGGAGGGUACUUAUGGGCGCAUCUACGCUGGCAAUUUAGGUGACUCCUGCGAUGUAAUUAUCAAAACGGUCGUCGAUGGUGCUUCACUCACACAGGUUGCUUGUUUGCUGCAAGAGGCUUCAACGCUGAUCGGUGUAAGUCAUCAGAAUAUACUGACACCUUUAUUGGCGAACACCGAACUGCCAGGGCCGCCCGAGAUUGCAUAUCCCUAUCCGUCCAAGGGCAAUCUGAAAAUUUUCUUACAGAAGUCGCGUGAAUUGAAUUCGCCACUCAGCACCCGCCAGCUAGUCGAGUUCGGUUUGCAUGUAACCAAAGGACUGGCGCACUUGCACUCGUUGGGUAUUAUUCACCGCGAUAUUGCAACGCGUAACUGCUAUCUCGAUAUUGAUUCCUAUGUGAAAAUUUGUGAUAGCGCUUUGUCGCGCGAUCUUUUUCCCGACGAUUAUCACUGCCUGGGUGACAAUGAGAAUCGUCCGCUCAAAUGGAUGGCCUUGGAGUCCUUACAGAAAAAGUACUUUAACACUUACAGUGACAUUUGGACUUUGGGUGUACUUUUCUGGGAGUUGGCUACCUUGGCGCUUACUCCUUUUGAAGAGGUAGACAUUUUUGAGUUGAGCGCAUACCUCUCGGAUGGUUUUCGGCUGGGCCAACCUAUCAACUGUCCUGAUGAAUUUUUCACGGUGAUGUCCUGUUGCUGGCUGGAGGAUCCCAAACAACGGCCCUCAUUCCCCCAACUACUCGCAUACUUACAAGAUUUUCAUGAAGAUCUUGGCAAGUAUAUAUAAAUACCACUGGGAUCAAGAGGCGACCAGCACAGAAGCUACGGUUCGAAUUCGGAAGGACAAUGCACUCGGAAAAUUUCAAAUAUGUAUGUAAAUAGCUUAACAGUCAGUUAAUAAAAUAUAGAAAAAUCUAUCAAAUCG